AUGAGCCGGUCACCCCUACCCAGCAUCCUCUGCCUUCACGGCUCCGGUACCUCCGCUGCCAUUUUCGAAGUUCAGACUGCUCGUGUCCGCCGCGAGCUGCAAAACCGCUUCUCCUUCGUCUUCCUCGACGCUCCCUUCGAAACAAAUCCUGGCCCUGGUGUUCUACCGGUUUUCGCCGAUGCGGCUCCAUACUUCACAUGGCUGGAUCCCUCGGCCUCAUCGCCUCCCCCUCGUUCACUUGAUCGAAGAGAUGGUGCAGGUGGAGAUGAAGAUGGUAGUUUAUUAUCGACCAGGGAUAAUGCAUGCCGCCGUGGGCAUACCAAGCUGAUGCCCCCGCGCACAGCAGAGUUGCUAGAGAAGACGAUCCGUGAGCAGAUUAAGAGGGACGGGAGGGGAUUUGCUGGCGUUAUGGGUUUCUCGAUGGGGGGGAGAUUGGCGGCCGGACUAUUGUUGGACCAGCAACUGCGUCUACUUGAACAGCAACAAACGAAUGGGCAUGGAAAUGAGAAUGGUACCAGUGGUGACCAUUUGUCCUCAGCGGUUGAUCGGGACGAACUGUUCAAAUUCGCGGUUUUUAUAUGUGGUACUUCACCACCAAUAACCAGAUUGCAUGAUCUUCUUGAUCAUGAAAACGUUUAUGGAAAGGGUGACAAAAUUACCCUCCCUCAGAUUGAUAUUCCCACCCUGCAUAUUCUGGGUCUCCAGGACCCUUGGUUCCGCCAGGGGGAGUUGCUAGCGACAACUCACUGCACUCCUGAUAAGAGAACGAUCCACAGAUUAGAUAUGGGCCAUCAUCUCCCAACCCAGAAGCAGGACAAUAUGCUGCUGGUCGAGGGGAUUCUGGAAAUGGCAAAGCAGGUGGGAGUGUGA